UAUUAUCAUCAUCAUCAUAAACAAGAUGUCAUGUUGACGCGUUCGUGUCUCGUCGCGGUAGGCUCUCUCGGUUCAAAAAUACUGUAUUACUCUGCGAUUACUGCUUUUCUGCUGUACGGUGGUGCAUCUGCAUGGACCCAGGAGGACCUUGAGCUGUUUGACGUUGUGGAAGAGGUCAACGAAAACUUCUACACUUUCCUCGGGCUAUCCCCAGAUGUCGACACGGCGGCAAUCAAGAAAGCGUACAGGAAACUGUCUCUUCAGUACCAUCCUGACAAAAACAAGGAGCCGGGCUCGGAAGAGAAGUUCCGUAAGAUCGUCGCCGUCGUAGAGAUACUAAAGGAUGAAGAGAAGAGGAAAAAAUACGAUGGGGUACUCGAACAUGGCCUGCCCGACUGGAGGCAGCCCGUGUACUACUACAGGCGAGUGCGCAAGAUGGGUGUCGCUGAGCUGUCAUUCUUCCUCGUUGUGCUUCUCACUCUGGGCCAGCACGUUUUGGCGUGGGCGGCCUACUGGGAGCGCAAGUACGAGCUGGAGGAGACCGUGCUGGCCAAGUUCAAGCGAAAAGAACGCAAGUCGAAGAAGCUGACGCCUGUCGAGGACGAGAUUCGCGCGUCGUACCUCGAUAGUCUUGGCAAGCCGCGCUACCACGACCUUCUGAUUGUACGUUUCGUGGUGUUUCUCGGCUGGGCCGUGUGGAAUUCGCCGACACUUGUGCGCGAGUGUCUUGGAAAGAUCCAAGAGCACCGCAGCCGAGCCGCGCUCGAGGAAGAGAAAACGAGCGACGACGAGUCGUGCGACGAGACAUCCGAGCGUGAGCGCAAGCCUCGGAGGCGAGCGCGAGUCAUCCCCGAGGCCGGAGAGAUGCCUGUCGCGGCUGGCUCUGCGAUUCCCGUGCUCGACACCUUCGCGCCACUUCCCAAGGACGGCGGCAGUGACCGGGGCGCCGUACGGAAGACGCCCUGGGGCGAGGAAGACACCGUAGCUCUCAUCAGGGCUAUGAAAAAGUACCCGACGGGAACCGUAGACCGGUGGCUGAAGAUUGCAGACCUGUUGAAUCGCAGCCAGGAUGAAGUCAUGUCGGUAAUGAAGCAGCUUCGAAACUCACCUGCCGCCAACGCGUUGCCACACUCUCAAGGUGUGACAGGAGAAGACUACCACUGUUUGGACGAAAACACGACCCGGACGGACGGCGAGCUUAGUCUACCGCCGCCUACGCGUGCAGAGAAGCAGCCCAGGAUAGCGCUACCGGUUGCACAAAGGGUAGCUGACUGGAGCCAGGAACAGCAGAAGUGCAUGGAGGCCGCGCUGCAGAUGUACCCAAAAGGAACGGAAGACCGUUGGGAAAGAAUAGCCGAAGCUGUGCCCGGCAAGUCAAAGGAGGAGUGCAUGCUCAGGUUCAAGUUUCUGGUUGAACAACUGAAGCGAAGAAAGGUUGAGGAGAAGUCAAAAAUGAGUUGACAGAGACAGUGCACUUGCUUGUUUAAUGUUGAUGAUGAAAUAUAUUUAUUUUGAAAUA